UUUGCUUCUGACCCCAUUCUCUACCGGCCAGUGGCUGUGGCCCUGGACACUAAGGGACCUGAGAUUCGAACUGGGCUCAUCAAAGGCAGCGGCACCGCUGAGGUGGAGCUGAAGAAGGGAGCCACCCUCAAGAUCACUCUGGAUAAUGCGUACAUGGACAAUUGUGAUGAAAAUGUCCUGUGGCUGGACUACAAGAACAUUUGCAAAGUGGUGGAAGUGGGCAGCAAGAUCUACGUGGAUGAUGGACUUAUUUCUCUGCAGGUGAAACAGUUUGAUGAGAUUCUAGAGGCCAGCGAUGGAAUCAUGGUGGCUCGUGGUGAUCUGGGCAUUGAGAUUCCCACAGAGAAGGUCUUCCUGGCUCAGAAGAUGAUGAUUGGGCGAUGCAACCGAGCUGGGAAACCUGUCAUCUGUGCCACGCAGAUGCUGGAGAGCAUGAUAAAGAAGCCCCGCCCGACCCGCGCUGAGGGCAGUGAUGUGGCCAAUGCGGUCCUGGAUGGUGCUGACUGCAUCAUGCUGUCUGGUGAGACGGCCAAAGGCGACUACCCGCUGGAGGCUGUGCGCAUGCAGCAC